AUGUACCUUAGUGCAAAGAAUCACCGCAUCCUUCUAAGUGAUGGAAACAGCAUUCCCAUCAUUGGGCUGGGUACCUAUUCAGACCCUGUACCGAAUUCCAAGGGGUCCUGUUUGGAGUCAGUGAAGACUGCCAUCGACGUUGGGUACCGCCACUUUGAUGGGGCCUAUAUCUACCAUAAUGAGCAUGAGGUGGGUGAUGCCAUCAGAGCCAAGAUCGCAGAAGGAAAAGUAAAGAGGGAGGACAUUUUCUACUGCGGAAAGCUAUGGGCUACGAACCAUGUUCCGGAGAUGGUCCGUCCAACCCUGGAGAGGACGCUCAAAACCCUACAGCUGGAUUACGUGGAUCUCUAUAUCAUUGAAAUUCCCAUGGCCUUUAAGCCCGGAGAUGAAAUCUAUCCUAAAGAUGAAAAUGGCAAAUGGUUAUAUCAUGAAUCAAAUCUGUGUGCCACUUGGGAGGUGGAGUGCCACCCAUAUUUCACCCAGCCAAAACUCUUGAAGUUUUGCCAACAGCAUGACAUUGUCAUCAUUGCAUACAGUCCUUUGGGGACAUGUAGGAAUCCAUUGUGGGUAAAUACAUCCUCUCCACCAUUGUUAAAGGAUGCACUUCUAAACUCACUGGGGAAAAAGUACAAUAAGACAGCAGCUCAAAUUGCUUUGCGCUUCAACAUCCAGAGAGGGGUAGUUGUCAUUCCUAAAAGCUUUAAUCCUGAAAGGAUCAAAGAAAACUUUCAGAUCUUUGACUUUUCUCUCAGUGAACAAGACAUGAAGAGCAUUGAAGCUUUGAAUAAAAAUGUCCGCUUUGUGGAAAUGCUCAUGUGGAGUGAUCAUCCUGAAUAUCCAUUUCAUGAUGAAUACUGA